GGCGGAUGACAACAUCGGUGCGGAUGAUGGAACUGUGUUUGGAUGUUUUUGUUUCUCUCUUUGUGCUGUAAUACCCGGAGCACUUUGGACGAGGCUAUAAAAGUUUCCACAAUGAGCAGCAGACGAAAGAGGGCCCCUCCUGUGAGGGUGGAUGAAGAAGCCAAGAGGAGGUUGGAGUGGAACAUGCUGGAGGACCGUAAGAACGAGGGGAACCAAGAAGAUGACCCAACUCCAGCCUGUGCUGCUCUUUCCGCCGACACCACGCCCAGCAGCUCCUUCUUUUCUGCCACAGAAGACGGGAACAUGGCCGCCUGCGCCCGCUCUGUGCAGUUUUCAGAAGAACUUCCCAGUACGUCUACGGAUAGCGCCUCUACCUCCCUCGCACUCUCUGUGCUGCCAGCUUCGACGCUGGCCCACAUCUGGAAGGCCCUCAUCGGGGAGUUCAACAUCCGGCCGACUUGGCUUCCAGCAGACUGUGAGCAGAGAGUGUUCGUGCUCUUCAGGAGGGGUGAGCAGCUCCACAUCAGUUACAGCAGCUGUGAGGAGAGCUCAGGACCUCAGCGGAGGCCUGACGCCAGCAGCUCUGCAGCAGAGUGCAGUCUCAGUAGGAUCCCACUGGAAGACCUGGACUGGCUGCAGAAGAGGCGGGUGCUGACGCUCGGCCACUACACAACAGACCAGGAAGUCAAGGUGGGAAUUUAUCUGCUGGAGUCCGGACUCGGGAAGUCGGAGUUCCUCAGUGGCGGAAACGCUCGUCUGAAAAAAGCAAACCAUCUGAUUCAGAAAUGCAUGGAAUAUUUUUAUGAUUUCAUCAUUCCUGAGGUUGUAGAGAAUGAGGAAGAAGAAUGUGACACUGACCUGGAGAGGCAAAAUGUGGAGGAGCUUUAUGAUCACGUGAGGCUUGUGCACCAGAACGACAGCCAGGAUGUGACGUACGACGUGCAGCACGAGGCUCUGGUUCCGGUGCUCCGGCUGUAUCAGAGCCAGGCGGUCAACUGGAUGCUGAGGAGGGAGAAGUACAGGAACACCGCUCCCAAAGAACAAUCGCUGCAUUUUCUCUGGAGGGAGUUGGUUACUUUGUGUGGCAAGAAGUUGUUUUACAAUCCUUUUACUGGCUGCUUAAUUCGAGAGUUUCCUCUGGCUGGUGUGGACUGGCCCGGUGGGAUCCUGGCGGACGAGAUGGGACUCGGUAAAACGGUGGAGGUUCUGGCGCUCAUCUUGUUUCACACCCGUCAGAACUUAAAGCAGGACGCCCUCACUCUGCCUGUGGGACAGUCUGUGAACUACUUUGUUCCUCGUCCUCUGGAAAGGCAGACAGCUAAACACCAUAAAACUGAAGCUGAGCCAAAAAUGAAAGCGUCUUACCCAGCCGUGCGUGUUAUGCUGCUCACCGCAAUAAAGGAGAUGCGAUCCGGCAAAGGCGCCUCAGUCAACGCGGUGUUUACCUACAUCCGAGCCACUUACGGCUACGACCUCUUGAAGAACCGCAGUCACAUCAAGAAGACUCUGGCCAGGCUCGUGGGCGAGGGCGUGGUUCAGCAGGUGAAGGGCCGCGGCCUGGCCGGCUCCUUCAAGCUGGGGAAGAACUACAAAGAAACGAAAAAAACGUUAGCAGGAGCGUCCAAGUCUAGUUUUAAAAGUGUGGAGAGCACUCCCAGGAAAAUGUUUCAGAGACGGGCAAAGGAGAAGGCAGAAGCAGCUCUGCAGAACGCCCUCUCAGAGGACCAGAGAGACCCGAGCCUUGCGCCCGACUCUCCCGAAGCAGAGGAAACUGAAACCAAGGACUGGAGCGAAAGUCUGAAGGAGACAAACGAUCAGCCAGAAGACAUGCUGGAUACUUCCACAGCACCCUUACAGAUGUCUCAGGAUAAAACUGAGCCACAGAUAAUGGACGAUUUACCUGAAGACAAAGGAGAAACCUCAAAGAUUGACUCGCAGGAGGACACGCCCACCAGAGCCUCUUCAGUCCCUUUCAACACCCCCGACUAUCGCUUUGAGUGCAUUUGUGGAGAACUGGGCAUCGUUGACUUUAAGGCUCGUGUGCAGUGUCUGAACUGUCAGCUGUGGCAGCACGCCGACUGUGUGAACUACAAAGAGGAAAGCCUUAAAACCACACCUUUCUACUGCCCCCACUGCCUGGUAGCUAUGAAGCCGGUGUCCACGGGCGCCACGCUCAUCAUUUCUCCAAGCUCCAUCUGCCACCAGUGGGUGGAGGAGAUCAACCGGCACGUCCGGUCCUCCUCUCUACGAGUGCUGGUUUACCAGGGCGUGAAGAAACAUGGCUUCAUCCAGCCCCGGAUGCUCGCGGAGCAGGAUGUGGUCAUCACCACCUACGACGUUCUUCGCUCGGAGCUCAACUACGUGGACAUUCCCCACAGCAACAGCAAAGAUGGGCGACGCUUUCGCAACCAGAAGCGCUACAUGGCUGUGCCCAGUCCUCUGGUGGCCGUGGAGUGGUGGCGCAUCUGUCUGGACGAGGCUCAGAUGGUUGAGUGUCCCACCGCCAAGGCUGCAGAAAUGGCUCUGCGUCUUGCAUCUGUCAACCGCUGGUGUGUCAGCGGUACUCCUGUCCAAAGAGGCUUGGAAGACUUGUAUGGCCUUGUCCUUUUCCUUGGAGUUGACCCGUACUGGGUCAAACACUGGUGGGACCAGCUGCUUUACCGCCCGUAUCGCCGUGGAAACACAGAAGCUCUCUACAACGUGAUUGCUCAGAUAUUAUGGAGGUCAGCUAAAAAAGACGUCAUUGACCAGAUACAAAUUCCCCCUCAGACAGAAGAGGUGCACUGGCUGCGUUUUUCUCCCGUCGAAGGCCACUUCUACCACCGCCAGCAUGAGGUCUGCUCCCAGGACGCUUUGGUCAAACUCAGGAAAAUCUCAGACUGGAGCCUGAAACUCGGCAGCCUUGACCGCCGUACCGUCAACACCAUCCUUUACCCGCUGCUGAGGCUGCGCCAGGCCUGCUGCCACCCGCAGGCUGUGAGGGGGGAGUUCCUGCCUCUACAGAAAAGCACCAUGACGAUGGAGGAGCUUCUCAAGUCCCUGCAGAAGAAAUGUCGAGUGGAGUGUGAAGAAGCUCACAGACAAUUGGUGUGUGCGCUCAACGGCUUGGCGGGGAUUCACAUCAUCAGAGGUGAGUUUGUAGAGGCGGCAGAGAUGUACAGAGAAGUGCUGCGUUCAUCAGAGGAACACAAAGACCGGCUGAAAACUGAUUCAUUACAGCGGCUUCAUGCCACCCAUAACUUAAUGGAACUUCUGAGCGCAAAGCAUCCUGGGAUUCCUCCAACACUGCGAGACGAUCGACUCAGUGAAGAGGCUGAGCAGCUGCGGCAGCACUACAUGACCAAAUACGACUCUGAGGUUGCUGACGCUCACCAGGCCCUGCAGCCGGUCCUGCAGAACAUCAGGGAGCUGAAGAAAAACGUCAACUUUAAGUCUCCGUGGUGGCUGGAAGUUAUCCAGACGGCGAUCCGCUGCUCCACUGACGAUGACCUGGUGUCCCGCGUCCAGAACGAGCUGACCUGCAGCUACAAGCAGCAGCCCAACAAGCUCUCCAUGGCAGACAAGUUCCGUGACGCCAGCGGUCUGCAGUAUCUGCUCACCACACAAACACAAGAGCUGAUGAAAUCUCAAAAGACUGUGCGAGAUGCGGUGAAGAGUCUCGAGGGUCCGGCGUCGAAGAAAGUCAUAGAAGAAGCCACCGUUUGCCACCUCAGGCCCAUGCGUCUGCCGCUCAACAAUUGUGUGUUUUGCAAAGCAGAUGAACUUUUCACUGAUUAUGAGUCCAAACUGUUUGCUCACACGGUGAAGGGUCAGACGGCCAUCUUUGAAGAAAUGAUUGAGGAUGAAGAGGGUCUGGUGGACGACCGUCUCCCCACCACCAGCCGCGGCCUGUGGGCAGCCAGCGAGACGGAGCGGACUCUGAAAGCGAUCCUGUCUUUUGCUAAAGUGAGGCGCAUCGACCCGGAGCUGGUGGAGGAGGGAAACAUUUUCAUGGAGCUGUUUGAAAACUGGAAGAAGGAGUACAAGGUGCUGCAUGAAUACUGGAUGGUGCUGCGUAACCACGUGUCGGCCAUCGAUGAGUUGGGCAUGGCCACCGAGAGGCUGCGAGUUCGUCUGCCUGACGAGCCAAAGCCCAAACUGCUGCAUAUCAUAGAGCCACAUGAAGUGGAGCAGAACAGAGUCAAACUCCUGAACGAUCAGGCUGUGGCCAAGUCGCAACUGCAGAAAAAACUCGGACAGUUUCUGUAUUUAACUAAUCUGGAGAAGUCCCAGAACAAGUCUACUGGAGGACUGAACCCGGAGCCAUGUCCCAUCUGUGCCAGACCCCUGGGGCAGGAGUGGGCAGUGCUGACUUGUGGCCACUGCUUCUGUAACGAGUGCAUCGCCAUCAUUUUGGAGCAGUACAGCGUGGGCUGCAGACGGAGAGCCAUUAAAUGUGCCAUUUGUCGGCAGACGACAUCGCACACAGAAAUCUCCUACGUGUUCACCACUCAGUCGUCCAGCCAGGACCAGGACAUACCAGUCAAGGGCAGCCACUCUACUAAAGUGGAAGCCGUCGUCAGAACACUCAAGAGGAUUCAAACGACCGACCGCGGUGCCAAGUGUCUCGUCUUUUCCACGUGGCAGAGCGUUCUGGACAUCAUCGCCAAGGCCCUGCUCGACAAUAACAUGGAGUUUUCACAAAUCAACGGAAUUCACAAGUUUCAGGAGAAUCUUAGUUGUUUCAAGUAUGAAGAGAAGAUCAACAUCCUUCUCCUUCCUCUCCACACGGGCUCUAACGGGCUGAACAUCAUCGAAGCCACGCACGUGUUGCUGGUAGAACCGAUCCUCAACCCGGCUCAUGAGCUCCAGGCGAUAGGCCGGGUCCAUCGGAUCGGACAAACCAAGCCAACGUUUGUCCACAGGUUCCUCAUCAAGUCCACAAUCGAGGAGAGAAUGCAAGCGAUGCUGAAGACGGCCGAAAAGAGCCACAGCAGCAGAACGAUGAAGCACUCGGAGGCAGCCGUGCUGACCGUCGCAGACCUGGCCGAUCUGUUCACGGACGACGCCGAACCUCUGGAGUGACCUGCCCCUACAGCGACGUCGGCUGAAGACUUGUGCACGGUGGUGAUGGAAGCACUCUGAUUUUGCACAUUCCGUUUUUUUUAAGCAUUUCCAGAAGAAUAUUUUUAGCUAAUCACUGACAACAUUUAACGUGUUUUUGGUCCAAGUGGAAGCUUUUGCUGCAGAUGUCGUCUCUCGUUAUGGAUAUUCUGUCAGUCACUUUCAGCAACGUUUAAUCUUCACGUUACACUGUACGGUGUUAAUCUGAACUGACAUUGUGCAUUCAUGUACAACUUUAAUGGACAAUGGAAUUAAAAUACUGCGAUCCAGGGCUAUUCAACUGACGGCC